UCUGCAGCUCCAUCCGCCCUCGAGGCCCUGCGUAGAUUGAAGAUUUUUCUCUCUCUAAAACUCGUCGUUCCCCGCCGCUUCUCUCUCUCUCUUUCUCAGCCAUGGAUUCAAAGGGAGAAGAGUCAGAAGUUUCAGAAGAGAGAGAAAAGGAUUCGUAGAAAAGGGUUUAAAGUUUUUCGAAAGGGAUUCUGUACAGGCGACCUAGCUUCCUCUCAUCAACCAGACCACCUUGUUGCUAUUGCAAUACAGUUCCUGUAACUCUCUAUCUCUCUCUCUACAAAUCUCGGGCUUUAGCUGCCCAUCUUUCUACUUCUUCGCUACCUCUGUAAUGGAAGAAGCUACGACCAUGAAGAUACCCACUCUAUCUCCAACUCCCCAUUAAAGGACUCCACGGGGUCUCCCUCCACUGAUUUUUUUCCAGAGAAACCACUUAAAGAUCGAGUACUUGCUAUCAAGUGUUUGAACGACUAGAUGCUAAACUUCGCCGUGGAUUCAAUCCCAGACGGAGCUCUAGCUGUUGAAGAAGAGAUCACCACUGAAAAGGUUUCCAUCUCUAUCUUGCAUUUUCCCUUCACCAUUCUGGCAGCAACUCUUUCUAAAGCGUUGUCCAAAUGCUUUUGUGGGGUUUAAGAGAGAGAAGAGAAAAAUGGCUUAUGUGAUGCAAACAGAAGAUGAAAAGAAGUCCUUUUAGAGAGAGCUUUUGUGGGAGAUUAGGUUGUGGAAUGGAGGACAAUGGAGCUUUGAAGGUUGGCCGAAUUUCAGUAUCCACAAUUUCGGUCAGGCCCUCUGAAUUUUGCUUCCAUGGCCCUCCAGCAAAAUAGAUUUGGGCGCCUGGGUUUUGCUUCCAUGGCUAUAAGGCACAUAACCCAUCUCUGUUCCUUUGAUUCCACUAGGCCUUUUCCUGAUUAUUCACCAAAAAAACCCACCAUCAAAGAUUCACAGUUAGUCUACACCAUUGCCACCACUAUCAAGCUUCGAAGGCCUGAGCCCCUGCGCCGUGUCCUCAAAUUCUUGGAGCAUCAGCUUAGGCCUGAUCACAUUAUUUGGGUCUUUAUGAAAAUAAGAAAUGAUCAUAGAUUGGUUUUUUAUUUUUUUGAGUGGGCUAAGAAUCGAAUAAAUGCCAGCUUAGAGGCACACUGUAUUGUUAUACACAUUUUGGUAUCAUCAAAUGGCUCUGCCCAUGCUCGUCAGGUCAUUAAGGACUUUGUUUCAAAUCCAGAGCCUGACUUUGUUUCUCAUGACCAGUUUCUUGAUGGAUUGAUCUACACAUACAAAGAGUGGGGCUCAAACAUUCUGGUCUUUGACUUGUUGUUCCAAGUUUAUGCAGAGAUUGGGCUCGUCGAAGAGGCGAGGAAGGUUUUUGAAAGGCUUCUAAGUUAUGGGGUUGUUUUAUCAGUAGAUUCCUGCAAUUGUCUUCUUGUUCAGCUUGUGCGAAAUGAACGGAUUGAGCUGGCUAUUCAGCUUUUUAAGGCCAUGCCAGAGGAUGGUGUUUGUUGGAAUGUGGCUUCUCAUAAUGUGAUGAUUCAUGCGAUGUGCAAAGUGGGGAGAAUGAGUGAGGCCCAUGAUAUUCUUUUGGGAAUGGAAGCGAAAGGUGUUACCCCUGAUGUAAUUAGUUACAGUACUUUGAUUGAUGGAUAUUGCAGAAUCGGCGAGCUUCAAAAAGCUCUAGACUUGAUCAGAGAAAUGGAAGCUAAAGGUUUAAAUCCCAACUCAUUUACAUAUAGUAGUGUGAUAGUUGUUCUCUGUAACAGGAGCAAGGUAACCGAGGCUGAGAAGCUUAUGAGAGAGAUGGUGGAUUCUGGUGUGGUCCCUGAUAAUGUGGUUUAUACGACUCUAAUUGAUGGGUUUUGCAAAAUUGGCAGUUUAAAAGAUGCGUAUAGGCUUGCGGAUGACAUGAAAAUCAAAGGACUUGUACUGGAUAAUGUAGCUUACACUGUGUUAAUAUGCGGUCUAUGUAGGAAGGGGAAGGUUAGAGAGGCAGAGGAGCUUUUCAAAGAGAUGAUUGAUAGGGGGUUAAACCCUGAUGAAAUUACUUAUACUGCACUGAUUGAUGGAUACUGUAAGGAACAUAAAAUGAAGGAUGCAUUUUCCCUUCACAAUCAGAUGGUUCGACAAGGCCUUACCCCUAAUAUAGUUACCUAUACUGCAUUAUCUGAUGGGCUAUGUAAGGGAGGCGAAGUGGAUGCAGCAAAUGAGCUAUUGCAUGAAAUGGUUGGAAAGGGGCUGGUUCUUAAUAUUUAUACGUAUAAUACGCUCAUCAACGGUCUAUGUAAAGUUGGUAUCUUGGAACAGGCAAAAAAGCUCAUGGAAGAUAUGGAAGAGGCCCGAAUUUAUCCGGAUACUGUCACGUAUACUACUAUUAUGGAUGCUUAUUGCAAGGAGGGUAAUAUGGAUAAAGCUCACAUGCUUCUUCGUGAGAUGCUUGAGAAAGGCAUGCAACCUACUGUUGUGACUUUUAACGUAUUGAUGAAUGGGUUUCUUAGAGCAGGCAAGACAGAAGAUGGUGAGAAGCUGUUGAGUUGGAUGAUUGAGAAAAGUAUCAUGCCCAAUGUUAUCACCUAUAAUUCUCUUCUUAAGCAAUAUUGCAUGGCAAAAGAUAUGCAGGCUUCCUCACGAAUCCUUAAAGAAAUGCGUGCCAAAGGUUUGGUUCCUGAUGGCAAUACAUAUAAUAUACUGAUAAAAGGCCAUUGCAAAGCUAGAAAUUUAAAAGAAGCAUCCUACCUUCACAAAGAAAUGACUGAGUUGGGAUAUAGGCUAAAUGUUAGUUCAUAUAAUGCACUCAUCAUGAUGCUCUGUAAAAAGAGCAGACUAGCAGAAGCAAGGGAACUGCUAGAUGAGAUGAGGAAUAAUGGUGUUGUUCCUGAUAGGGAUGUAUAUAACAAAUUUAUUGAUCUCAGUUAUUCUGAGGGAAACAUGGAGGGGACCCUUGAAUUUUGUGAUGAAGUAAUAGAAAAGUGCCUUGUGGGCGAGAGCUGUGGGAAACAGAUGGGGAAGAAAUGAUUGUGCAACCCUCUCUGGAAAAAGGAUAUCGGCUCAUUCUGUUCAAGCAACAUCAUCUCGUUCUAAAUCUCUAGUUGGUUGGCAUGCAGUCUGUUGGAUCAUGGCCUGGCAUUCCAUGGAGGAUGUCGAUGCCCAUCUUAUUGAGUGUGAUUCGAACUUCAUCGAUAAAGCCAUAUUUCCUGCAGCAAUCAGAGUUGAAAUUCUUCAAGUUUAAUGUUCAUAGCCCAUCUACUUGGCAAAUUCAAAAAUCUGGGUUGGGACCUCUUUGGAUAUGCCUCAAGGGAGAUGCCUCCUAUUCUUCCAACCCUUUUCUCUCGUCCAAACCCAUAUCUUCAUGCAUGCUUCUUGCUGCUCUAAAGGAUGAUGAUGAGCUGUGCCAUCAUCUUGCGCACAGUGCCUAGUGAUGAACACUCUCAGCCAGAAUCUUAUAUCGGUAAUCUGUCUUUACUUAGAUCUAUGAGUGUGCUUUUGGGGUAUUUUCGUAGACCUAAGCAUGCACUUGGAAUCCAGAGCAAGCUCUCAAAAGGCCAUAAACAGUUGCAUUACUCUACCAGACCCUGGAUAUGAUUUAUGGUUCCUGGUUUCUUCAAGCAACUUCUUCCUUGAUUUCUUUUCGGGUAGGAGACCCAUGGUUCAAAUUGCCAUUACCCACUUUUUCAACUUUUAUUUUCCUGGGAUCGAGAUUGGGGUUGAAAUUUACCGAUGAGAUUCUCUUGCUGGUUCACACAUGGCUUCCCUAUUGGGAUGCAAGAGAGGUUUUCCUAAUGGGAUGAGAGAGAGAGAGAGAGAGAGAGAGAGAGAGAAAGUUAUACUUGUGCUCUAGGCAUUACCUAGUUCGCCUCAAAACAUAAGCAGUGUCUUCCUUGCCUUUCCAAGAAAGGCUAUUUUCUUUGCUAUUUUCUCCCUCUAAUCCUCUCAAGGUACGUGCCACACAACUACGAGAGUAAAAUAUUUGAUGUCAUCCAUUCAAGUCCUUGGGCCAUCAUGGGAGGGCUUUUUCAAGUUUGAAUUUUGACAGAAGCUUCUAGGAAACCUGGGCCUUGCUGGGAUUUGGUGAAGUGAUUGGAGACUGUUUACAAGGGUACAUACUGACCAAUUCGGCCCCGAUAUCAGAAUGUUCAGCAGAUAAAGCUGAAGCCUGAAGAUUCAGAAAAGGCUUACACUGAUAGUAGCAGGCUGUUUGGUCAAGAAGAGAUUCUCCCUCAUUGUUACAAGGGUCUAGAUAUUUGUAAGUUAUCACACAAAAUUUGUAUUGCGCACUCAAUAUUAAUUUUAUUACCAAAUGAAAAUCUAUACGUGGCAUUAAAAAAGAAAAGAGAUUUAUUUGCUACGAGAAGUGAGGAGUUGCAACAUCUCUCUCUCUCUCUCAAAUGGAGGGUAUGUGUUUCUGAAUACAAUCGCUUUUUUCUCAAAGACUUGCAAUGGAAUUCAGUGGUAUGAGAUUUCGUUCUCUCUCUCACUCUCACAUCCAUGGUGAGAUGCAUUCAUUUGAGAGGGAC